GACCAGUCUUGCGGCCACCGGACUCACCGGACUCCAACAAUUGACGAGCGACGGGCGAUCUGCGACGUGUUUUUGUUUUUCUCUCCGCAUGCACCCGCGAUCUCCGUCUGUAGAUAGUUUUGGUGCAGUGAACUACAAAAUCUAGUGUGCAGUACCACCAGGAGUAUCAGUUCAGUGAGUCUUGUCAGGAUGACGGACACCGACCUCGAGCAGUACCCGGACAGGGUUGCCGAGUUGUACAAGGACAAGACGCUGUUCAUAACCGGGGGCACCGGGUUCGUGGGUAAGGUCCUCGUGGAGAAGCUGCUGAGGUCCUGCGGCGACCUGAAGAAGAUCCUGCUGCUGGUGCGCACCAAGAAGGACAAGAAGCCCCAGGAGAGGAUAAGGGAGAUCAUGAAUGGGCCUCUAUUCGACAUGCUGAAGAAGCAGAGAGGCGAAGCCAUCAUCAACAAAGUGGUCGCCAUCGCCGGCGACGCCAUGCUUCCCGACCUGGGUCUGUCCAAGGAAGACAGAGCCCUUAUCGCCCGAGAGACCGACAUCAUCUUCCACUGCGCGGCCACCAUCAGGUUCGACGAACCCCUGAAGAAGGCCGUCCUGCUCAACGUCAGGGGCACCAAGCUGGUUCUGGACCUGGCUAAAGAGUGCAAGAAGCUGAUGCUGUUCAGCCACCUCUCCACAGCCUAUUGCCACCUCCACGAAAGGGUGCUGUACGAGAAGAUAUACCCUCCACCUGCGGACCCGCACCGAGUCAUCCAAACCGUGGAAUGGAUGAAUGAAGACGUCAUCAACUCCAUAACGCCCAAGAUCUUGGGCGACUUCCCCAACACGUACGCCUUCACCAAGGCACUCAGUGAGUCCCUGGUAGCAGACGAGAUGGACAAUUUGCCGGUUGUUAUACUGAGACCGUCCAUAGUUAUACCAGUAUGGAAGGAGCCGAUCCCUGGUUGGACGGACAAUAUCAACGGACCUGCAGGGCUGUUGAUAGGAGCGGGGAAGGGAGUCAUCAGGACCAUGCAUUGCAAUUCAGAUCGGUACGCGGAUUACUUGCCAGUUGACAUUGGAGUCAACGCGAUGAUAGUCAGCACGUGGGAUUAUCUGGCACAUGG